GGUCAUGCUGUCCAGGCUGUGAACAGGGAAGGCAGCGCUGUGGGGGCUGCUGGCAGCCGGGGCUGGGGAGAGACAUGUGGACACGUGGCCUCUAUGGCUCCUGCCUGCCAGAUCCUCCGCUGGGCCCUCGCCCUGGGGCUGGGCCUCACGUUCGAGGUCACGCACGCCUUCCGGUCUCAAGAUGAGUUCCUGUCCAGUCUGGAGAGCUAUGAGAUCGCCUUCCCCACCCGAGUGGACCACAACGGGGCACUGCUGGCCUUCUCACCCCCAACCCCCAGGAGGCAGCGUCGGGGCACAGGGCCCCAAGCAGAGUCCCGCCUUUUCUACAAGGUGGCUGCACCGAGCACCCACUUCCUGCUGAACCUGACCCACAGCCCUCGCCUCCUGGCGGGGCAUGUCUCCGUGGAGUACUGGACUCGAGAGGGCCUAGCCUGGCAGAAGGCCGCCCGGCCCCACUGCCUCUACUCCGGCCACCUGCAGGGCCAGGCCGGCAGCUCCCAUGUGGCCAUCAGCACCUGUGGGGGCCUGCAUGGACUGAUUGUGGCAGAUGAAGAAGAAUACUUAAUCGAGCCCCUGCAAGGUGGGCCCAAGGGGCACCGGGGCCCAGAGGAGAGUGGUCCCCACGUGGUGUACAAGCGUUCCUCCCUGCGUCACCCCCACCUGGACACAGCCUGUGGAGUGAGAGAUGAGAAACCGUGGAAGGGGCGGCCUUGGUGGCUGCGCACCCUGAAACCGCCACCUGCCUGGCCCCUCGGGAGUGAACGAGAGCGCGGCCAGCCAGGCCUGAAGCGCUCGGUCAGCCGAGAGCGCUAUGUGGAGACCCUGGUGGUGGCUGACAAGAUGAUGGUGGCCUACCACGGGCGCCGAGACGUGGAACAGUAUGUGCUGGCCAUCAUGAACAUUGUUGCCAAACUUUUCCAGGACUCGAGUCUGGGAAACAUCGUUAAUAUCCUGGUAACACGCCUUAUCCUGCUCACGGAGGACCAGCCCACCCUGGAGAUCACCCAUCACGCUGGGAAGUCCCUGGACAGCUUCUGUAAGUGGCAGAAAUCCAUCGUGAACCGCAGCGGCCAUGGCAAUGCCAUUCCAGAGAACGGCGUAGCCAACCAUGACACAGCCGUGCUCAUCACGCGCUAUGACAUCUGCAUCUACAAGAACAAACCCUGCGGCACACUAGGCCUGGCCCCCGUAGGCGGGAUGUGUGAGCGAGAGAGAAGUUGCAGCAUCAACGAAGAUAUCGGCCUGGCCACGGCAUUCACCAUUGCCCACGAGAUCGGACACACGUUUGGCAUGAACCACGACGGCGUGGGGAACAGCUGCGGGGCCCGGGGCCAGGACCCGGCCAAACUCAUGGCCGCACACAUCACCAUGAAGACCAACCCGUUUGUGUGGUCCUCCUGCAGCCGUGACUACAUCACCAGCUUUCUGGACUUGGGCCUGGGGCUCUGCCUGAACAACCGGCCGCCCAGACAGGACUUCGUGUACCCAACAGUGGCCCCCGGCCAGGCCUACGAUGCAGAUGAACAAUGCCGCUUCCAGCAUGGAGUCAAAUCGCGUCAGUGUAAAUACGGGGAGGUCUGCAGCGAGUUGUGGUGUCUGAGCAAGAGCAACCGGUGCAUCACCAACAGCAUCCCGGCCGCCGAGGGCACGCUGUGCCAGACGCACACCAUCGACAAGGGGUGGUGCUACAAGCGGGUCUGCGUCCCCUUCGGGUCGCGGCCGGAGGGCGUGGACGGCGCCUGGGGUCCGUGGACCCCGUGGGGCGACUGCAGCCGGACGUGCGGCGGCGGCGUGUCCUCCUCCAGCCGUCACUGCGACAGCCCCAGGCCGACGAUCGGGGGCAAGUACUGCCUGGGCGAGAGACGGAGGCACCGUUCCUGCAACACCGAUGACUGUCCCCCAGGCUCCCAGGACUUCAGGGAAAUGCAGUGCUCUGAAUUUGACAGUGUCCCCUUCCGUGGAAAAUUCUACACGUGGAAAACGUACCGGGGAGGCCUGCUCGCUCACAUGCCUAGCAGAAGGCUUCAACUUCUACACGGAGAGGGCGGCGGCUGUGGUGGACGGGACGCCCUGCCGCCCAGACACAGUGGACAUUUGUGUCAGCGGCGAGUGCAAGGUGGAGGGGACUCCCCGCGAGAGGGGAGGGGAGAGGGGGCCGGAGGUGGAGGGGGGCGGCUCCCUGACUUCCCCCACGCACACCGCUGCCCUCCCCAGCAUGUGGGCUGCGACCGGGUCCUGGGCUCUGACCUGCGGGAAGACAAGUGCAGAGUGUGUGGGGGUGAUGGCAGCGCCUGCGAAACCAUCGAGGGGGUCUUCAGCCCAGCCUGGCCUGGAGCCGGGUACGAGGAAGUCGUCUGGAUCCCCAAAGGCUCCGUCCACAUUUUCAUCCAGGACCUGAACCUCUCCCUCAGUCACCUGGCCCUGAAGGGGGACCAGGAGUCCCUGCUGCUGGAGGGGCUGCCUGGGACCCCCCAGCCCCACCGCCUGCCCCUGGCCGGGACCACCUUUCAGCUGCGACAAGGGCCGGAUCAGACCCAGAGCCUAGAAGCCCUGGGACCCAUUAACGCAUCUCUCAUCGUCAUGGUGCUGGCCCGGACUGAGCUGCCGGUCCUCCGCUACCGCUUCAAUGCACCCAUCACCCGAGAUGCACUGCCUCCGUACUCCUGGCACUACGCGCCCUGGACCAAGUGUUCGGCCCAGUGUGCAGGCGGCAGCCAGGUGCAGGCUGUGGAGUGCCGCAAUCAGCUGGACAGCUCAGCCGUGGCUCCGCACCACUGCAGCGCCCACAGCAAGCUACCCAAGAGGCAGCGCGCCUGCAACACAGAUCCCUGCCCACCCGACUGGGUCGUAGGGAACUGGUCGCGCUGCAGCCGCAGCUGUGAUGCGGGCGUGCGCAGCCGCUCCGUCGUGUGCCAGCGCCGCGUGUCGGCCGCCGAGGAGAAGGCGCUGGACGACAGCGCUUGCCCGCAGCCCCGCCCACCGGUGCUGGAGGCCUGCCACGGCCCGGCCUGCCCUCCGGAGUGGGCCGCCCUCGACUGGUCGGAGUGCACCCCCAGCUGCGGGCCGGGCCUCCGCCACCGUGUCGUCCUUUGUAAGAGCGCAGAUCACCGCGCCACAUUGCCCCCCACACACUGCCCGCCCGCGGCCAAGCCGCCGGCGACCAUGCGCUGCAACCUGCGCCGCUGCCCGCCGGCCCGCUGGGUGGCGGGGGAGUGGGGUGAGGUAGGUGGGCGCGCCCUGCAGGGAGGGAACCAGCGUACGGGUGGCAGGGUGGGUGGCCGUGCUGGGCUGCGGCUCAUCCGCGACUCCCCACAGUGCUCCGCGCAGUGCGGCUUCGGGCAGCAACAGCGGCCGGUGCGCUGCUCCAGCCACACAGGGCAGCCCUCACGCGAGUGCGCGGAGGCCCUGCGGCCCCCGGCCACGCAGCAGUGCGAGGCCAAGUGUGACAGCGCGCCCCCCGGGGACGGCCUGGAAGAGUGCAAGGAUGUGAACAAGGUCGCCUACUGCCCCCUGGUGCUGAAAUUUCAGUUCUGCAGCCGAGCCUACUUCCGCCAGAUGUGCUGCAAAACCUGCCAAGGCCGCUAGAGGGCGCACGGUCCUCGGAGCCAAGGCUGGGGGCCGGCUGGGGAUGGGGGUGGGGCGACCAGGCCUGCAGCUGGCCAGCCUGAAGGAGCCCGAGGGGGCAGGAGCUGGGAGUGAAGGGUGAGACGGAGCCGGAAGUUAUUUAUUGGGAACUCUUGCGGGGCUCCUGGCUGAGGGGGAUGGAGAGGGGCUGGCCACGCCCACGGCCCCUCCUUUGCCCGUCUCCCAGUUCAGAAUGAGACCCCCUCCAGGGUGGGUUUGAGGUGGGAAUAACUGUUCGCCCUAGUGCUCUUGCCACCCACCCUUAGGGAGACCCCCCAGCACAACCCCCGCCUUUGGUCGGAAUAUGUACUGUGAAGAGUGGGGGUGGGGAGGGGGUCAGCCGGUGCCCUGCCCCCCGCCCCAGCACUGCCCUACCCCUCCACUCUGAGCUGGGGGGGAAUCUAUGUCCGCCACGGGGGAGGGGAUUAGCACGACCUCCCUGACACCCUCCGCCUAACCAGACCAGCUACAGGGGGAGGCAGAGCUGGGAAGAUCCACCCCAUCCUGUGCCCUGCCUGCCCCAGGGGGACCAUGUCAUCCAGGCCACCCCCAUCAUGGUGCUACAGGCCCUGCCCUGGGGCCCACACACCCCUCGCCAGGAAGCCCUACAUCAAUAAAG